GGGGACGUGUCGCACUGCAAAUCAAGUGAAACUGAAACUGAGCGAAAGUCAAACUGACAGCAACUGAGCAAGGAGUUAUGAACAACACAACUUUUGAGGGACAAAGAAGGGUGAGAAGCAGUGGGGCCUUGGCGGUGAAGAUAUUUCAAGUAGGGCAUCCCAUAAUGAGACAAGAAAAAGUUACUGGUUGCUAGGAAAGAAACACUCAGGUUUGAGGGAUUUUGGCAGAAUUUUGAAUUACCCGUGUUAAACAGUUGAGGAAUGUGCUAUAGCUGUUGUGAAAGGGAGAGCAGAGAAAUGAAGCCCCCUGUUGGAGGACAUACCUAUGGCUCUGUGCAACAGGUCCAACCCAAGUGCUGCUGAGAGCAAAAGAUAAAAACACAUUUUCAUCGGACAUGAUUUAAUUUGUGCGGGAAUAAAAAGCCGGCGUCCCAUCUGCCUGUGACUAGACCCCCAGUUGGCAAACCAGGUGAUACUCUCCUCUAUCUCCACAGAUGCAUUUUAAGCUGCCUACAUUCUAAUCCAAGCACUACCAGAGUCUUCAACCUUAUUUUGAACAGAACAUAGCCCCAUUGCUGUGAUACAUUUGUGUGCAUGUGUCUGAUAUUGUUGGUGUGUCAACCCUUUACAAGCCAGGUACUCCCAGGGGUCGUUCCCGGGGCUACUCGACCCCAUUGGCCAACAAAGAGGGCAGAAGUAUUGGAGGUGAAUCAGCCAUGUGGGAAUGGUGGAAAGUCGUUAACAGCCCUGAAUGUUACACCGGUGGCCUUGGGAUGACUGACCGGCACCAGCGGGAGGAGGUGUGUCUCUGGCCUCAGGGACCCACUGACAUGACCAGUCCCACUGGAUCUACAGGUCCCAGAGACAGGCUGCAGCAGAUCUACAAUAACGAACUGCUGGCGAUGAACCGGGAGAAUAUCAACCAACAGGUUCACGACAUUCGGCCCUCAAGUAUCGGCAAUGGUCACCCCCCUUACCGAACCAAUAACCAUGGCAGCGGGGGCGUCAGCAGUACCACGCCCAAUAACACCCCACUGGUGGUGCCCCAACCCGUCAAACCUGCCAAAACACCCAAAACUUACCAGUGUAAGAUGUGUGACCAGAUCUUUAAUACCAAAUCGGAUAUGUUGAUCCACUGUCAGCAAAUCCACAAGCAGGAUCCCAAACCCUACAAAUGCCCAACAUGCAACAAAUGUUUUGCCAACUCUUCAUACCUUUCGCAGCAUGCCCGAAUUCAUUCUGGCAUCAAACCUUACAAGUGCGAGAUCUGCGAGCGCAAGUUCACCCAGCUUUCACACCUACAGCAGCACAUUCGCACACAUACCGGCGAAAAGCCAUACAAGUGCAGUCACCCAGGCUGUGGCAAGGCCUUUUCGCAACUCUCCAAUCUCCAGUCGCAUUCGCGUUCCCACAUGACCGACAAACCCUACAGGUGUAACUCCUGCUACAAAUGUUUCGCAGACGAGAGCGGUCUGAGAGAGCACAUCCCCAAACAUUCAGAUACGAAGCACCUGAAAACCCAUAUAUGCAGAAUAUGUGGUAAAUCCUACACCCAGGAGACCUAUUUGACCAGGCACAUGGUGAAACACUCGCAGGACAAACUGCCUAAGGUGGGCUCUCGCCAGAUCAAGCAGGAGCCCGUGGACCAUGCCUCAGCCACCUUUGAUGACCGCGGCCCGGAAUCUUCCGUCAGCUCUUGCAGCAAGGGGUCGUCGGCGUUCGUGCCCAUCCCGCAUCAGUACGGCAGCCCUGUGUCUAUCAGCUCCUCAGCCGGAUCUUACAACUACGGCUCACCCCUGCAGGCCAACAACCUGAGCUCCACCCUACCCCACAUCUCUUCCAUGUCACCGCGCUACUUUCCGUAUGACCCACUCGGCUUCCGGAAGUCGGAGCCCCAGGAUCGGAACCUGAACAUGACCAUGACGAGGGACAGCGCCAUGCUGGCCAACAGUCUGCUUAGUCUGCAGCACAUCAAAAACUAUGCAUCUCAGCAGAUGCCUUCUUACACCCCAACCUGCACCAGCGGUGCCUCGCGACUGACAUGAAGCCUGUGAGUGCUAGCUCCACCCUAAAACCCUUCCUUAGGCACACCUGUUACACUUCCCCUCCCCCCACUAGAUUACUGGCCUCUCCAGUCUGGAUCCCCGAGGGAUCUGCCACACACAGGCCUCUCUCAUCUGGACCAGGGCCUGGACAACGGCGUUUUACAGACACACAAGGAGACCCAACAUGGACUUUAGAAAACUAUGAAAUAACCUGUCGGUCUGUCAUCCAUUUUACUGCAUUUUAUAAACAUAUGGUGUGUAAAAACUUGUUUGAAAUUCAUUACAACGAGCUGUCAAACAGCCUUGUCAAUUCAGUAGUGCUAUCUCCCGUGUUACUUUUUACACCUGAUUAUAUAUGGAGUCACAUACAUGUGAUAGCAUUGUAACUGUACAUAUCGAAAAGGCUGUUGGCACCAAUCUAGAUGGGGUUUUUAUCAGAACUGUGUAAUAAAUGACUUGUAGUUGUACUGUUAGCCAGUAGAGGGCAGCACUAACAUGUGAUGCUUACGAAGCAUUGUCCUGUUCUGCUAUCUGCGUGUAGAUUUUAUGUCUUGAAUUGUAUCUGACCAGACAAAAAUCUUGUCAAAAGACAAUCAUUGGAUCGUACCAAAGCUCAUCAUUUAGCAGGGGGAUGCCAAGGUUUUCAUGGACCUUUUCUUUCUUGGGUAGACAACCAGGAUUGUGCCGCAUACCGGACAGGUGAACCUUGGGAGGGAACUAAGGGUGGCAAGGGGAGUAUCUGCUAAGAACUGCAUACUAAACCUGCUGGUCAAUUGUCCACUGUUUUCACCUGAACAAUCAUGACUCAUCACAAAUCCUGUCUGAUGGACAGACAUAGCGCUCUAAAAGCGUGUUUACGGAAAGUCGGAUCUGAGGAAAAAAGUGGAAAAAGAUCAAGAAUGACAGGCAGAAGACUGUCCUGUGCCAAGUUCCCUGACCGUUUGCCAUCAUCACACCCCAAGGGUUUCAACAUCUCACUGCCAUGGAGGUGAGACAUCCUGAUAUUAGCUUUAAUCAGUUACUCGGUGUAUUUACCUACCUUUUGGGAACUUUUGAGCUUAGGUUGUCCAAGGCAGCCCAAUGGGUUGAGGGCUCAGAGUGGGGGUUACACUGUAGGUCCUCGCCCAUGGCAUUUUACACAAUCUUUAAGGAUACAUCUCUACUGGGAAUCAUUUUGGGUAAUGUUGACUUAGGUGACCAUUUUUGUACAUAAAUUCACACAUAUUAUAAAGGGUACUUUAAUGUUUCAGCAUUUAGAAUUAUCUUAUUAACUCAGUGUUAGACUAUUUUAUGAAUUAAGUUGAGGAUGCUACGCAUCUGUAGAAGAUUGGGUUUGCAAACACAUACAGUGUCGUUAUACACACUCCAUUUGAGCAUAUUUGUAAAUGGUCAUUCUUUCACGCUCCGUUUAUUUCUCAUGGGGAAUAGUGUGUAAAUCAGUUCUUUUGUAAUCGAGGAGAAACUGGUGUUUUUUAAUCUUUUGAGCUUGUUUGUAAAUUUGUAAGGUCUUCCAGUACUAGAUGCUGUGAAUAUAUAUAAAUGUAGAAAAGAAGUGUGAUUCACCGAGAGUCAUGCUUCCAAUAUAUAUGGGAUUUUUUGUGUGUGUGAUUACGGCAUUCUUAGCCACCAUAGAUAUCAU